UCUGUGUUCUACUAGCUAUAAUUCUACAAGCGUAAAAUAAACCAUGAAACAGAUCAAACAAAAUAUAAAAACAAUUAUAAAGUACCCAAUGUACCUAAUGUUUUACAUUACAUAAAUUAUUUGGUUUUGUUAAGGUACGACUUAACAAGCUACAUAUUUAUAAUAUAUUACCCCAGCAGAAAAUCCAUGCAACACUUAACACACAGUGUAUAUAAAAGAACCAGAAAAUGUGUAAAUGUUUUUAGUCUAAAACUUUGACAGUACAAAAUACUUGUGAUAAACACCCCUUCAAUACUGGAACUUUGACUUUUUGACUGAUUGUCAACAUUUAUUUAAUUUUUUUUUUUCUUUCAUUCAGGGCCAGACCGUUAGUUCAGACAUUCACAUCUUGGAAAGCUCCUGUCAUCUGGGAGGGGAUGUUUGACUUCAAUCUUUUUGACCAAAGGCACGCUGAGGAAAAUUCAUCUGUGGCUCUUACUGUGUUUGCUGUUGGAAGGUACCUGGAUGCCUACCUCAAGACUUUCCUCACCUCAGCAGAACAACAUUUUAUGUUGGGAUUACCAGUGACGUAUUAUGUGUUCACAGAUUCACCAGAGAAAGUACCAAACAUCACACUUGCUUCUCAGCGAAACAUAAAGGUUAUUCAAGUGCAAAAGCAUGCCAGGUGGCAGGACAUCUCUAUGAUGCGAAUGAGAACAAUAUCAGAAAUAAUAGAGUCAGAAAUCCGUCACAAAUUUCGUUAUGUCUUCUGUUUUGAUGUGGAUCAGGAGUUUAAGGGCAGAUUUGGGUCUGAGGCACUGGGUGAUUCUGUGGCAUUGCUCCAUGCCCACUAUUAUAAAUUACCAAAGGCCCGGUUUACAUAUGACAGAAAUCCCAAAUCUAAAGCCUUCAUGGAAACUGGAGAUUUUUACUACCAUGCUGCUAUCUUUGGAGGACUGUGGCAAAAUGUAAAGCAUUUGGUUGAUGCCUGUUAUCUGGGCAUCAUAGAGGAUAAACUAAAUAAUGUGGAAGCUCUGUGGCAUGAUGAGAGCCAUCUAAACAAGUACUUUUGGAUUCAUAAACCAAGCAAGCUGCUGUCUCCAGAGUACUGCUGGGACCAGAGCAUUUGGGACAAGCGCGAUAUACUUGUCACCCGCCUAGUGUGGGCACCAAAACAUUAUGACACACUUCGUAGUGGGUAGAGUGGACAGGAAAUUAAAGAGAGAAGUGCAAGCUUGUUGUUGAUUUUAUAUUGAUUUAUUUUUAU